AUGAAUUCUCAUACCUUCGACAUCCAGCCCUUACACCGGUUCGCAGGCUCAAAUGCCGCAAUUCGACGACCAAAGGAAAUCGCAUACUUCUCUUAUGACGAUGAGCACAAGUUUCGCCUUGACGAAUCCUCCCUCCGCUACUAUUAUCCACCCAAGUUGCCCGCAGACCUAAACCGCGGAUUCGAAACGUUUGAGAAGCUAGACGAUUCCAAGGAUGAACAUCUAGAUGCGCUACUAGACAGGAUUAUUGCAUUAGAACAGAAUACCGGCGCCAAGUGCGAGGCCGAUGUGAUAACGUGGAGGGGCAUGAUGACCAAGUAUGAAUGGGUAACGACGAACGAUUUCUUUGGGCAACUGAUAUCCUGCAUGCCUCGAAGAUCAGGUCUGGAAGCUAACAAUCUGAUCUUCUUCAAGGGAUCAAUCUUUAUUGAAGAGAACAAUACGUAUAAAAAUGCCCAAAAACAAAAGCAAUUGCAACAAAUGUCACCAGCUGGGGCACCUUCCCAGACCCGCAUGAUGUAUUGGGGUUAUAAAUUUGAGACACUGUCCCUUCUUGAUCAACCUUGGGCUGCCACUCCCCGUGAGACUAUCGAAUCACGCGAAGCGAAGGUAGUAAACAAUAGUUCGCAGUACUGCUCGGUCGUACGUACCGGUAUAGGAGGCACGAAAUUGGUCAUCGGUGGCGAAGUUGAUGCAGUAUGGGAUUGCAAACCGGAGCAGAAGGAGGACCCUAUCAAUUGGGUCGAGCUGAAGACGACCGCCGAAAUUCGUAACGAUAAGGACAUGUGGAAGUACGAACGGAAACUGCUCAAAUUCUGGGCCCAAUCAUUUCUUCUUGGGGUUCCUAAAAUAGUUGUUGGUUUUCGGAAUGGAGAUGGGAUUUUACAACGAAUUGAAGAGCUUUCAACCCACGAAAUUCCUGGAUUCGUGAAGAGGAAUGGAAAAGGCACCUGGGACGGAAAUAUAUGUAUAAAUUUCACCUCUGAGCUACUUCACUUCUCAGGUCUAACAGGAGAAGGGCUUCGGAAUGUGAUCACCACAGAAGUGUUCAAGCUGGAGGAAUCCGGACAUGGCGGAAUCCUCUCUGACGGCUUCAUUGAGUGGCGUUCGCGAACUUAA